AUGGAACAAGUGCUCUCACUCUCGAUUAACGCUUCAUUCCUCAAAUCAGUGGCGAAACUUCCCAAGUUUUCAAAAGAUGUUAUGAUCAAUAGAAAGGAGUUGGAAAAAACUUCAGUAAUAGUUCUUAAUGAGUUAUGUUCAUCCGCGAUUAUCAAAGGAUUACCAAUCAAGAUGGGAGAUCCAGGCCAACUCACACUGCCUUGUAAAUUUGGUAAUUUAACUUCUAAUAAUGCUUUAGCCGAUUCGGGGGCGAGCAUUAAUCUAAUGACAUACUCUUUCUACCAAAAGCUCGAACUACCAAAACUACAAGACACAAGGAUGACCACUCGAAUGGCAGAUCACUCGACCACAUACCCACAAGGAAUCAUUGAAGACUUACUAGUGAAAGUGGGAAAGUUUGUUUUUCCGGUUGACUUUGUGGUUCUUGACGUGAAGGAGGAUGAAUAA